CGUGUCGGAGAGUGGAAUGUACGUAUGGCGAACUCUCUAUCACCUGUUGUUUUCCUGCCUGAUGCUUCGUCCGUUUCUUUUUUUCGUCGGUACCGCUUUUUUGAUCAUCCCAUCGCAUCUGCAUACGACAGAGCUUGCAAGACUCGAUGAAGCUCGGUAGCUUCCGGUCGAACUUGCAUAUUUCAUCGGAUCAAACGCACACCCGAUGGUUCCUGUAUUCUAAUUCAUAGCCAGGCGCUCAAUUCACGCUUGAAUUACCACCACAAAACAGGCUUCAAAGCACUUGAUCACGACCGAGAAACGUUGGUCGACGAUACACAGAUCGACGCAUACCCAGUACCACCAUGGCCGAGGAGGAGUUUGAGAUCGACGUCUACGGCGAUUCAGCCCAUGACCAUGGCGACAACGACCACAGCGGUCAUGGCGAUCAUCAGGGCUAUGAGGAGGACGACUCGCACACGCUAAACGGCGAUGGCCAGAGUCAUGAGGACUACCACGAGGAGCGCCGCGAAGACAAUAACAUGGAUGACCGUGGCGCUGGCCAUACUAGCUCCCAGAACACCGCUUCCCAGCGCCCGCAACAGGGCGUGAAGCGCAAGGAGGGAUCUGACGACCGCCCUGUGGACCCCGGUGCCACGACGGCGCUGAUGGUGUCAGAGCUCAACUGGUGGAACACGGACGACGACAUUCGCGGCUGGGUGCGUCAAGCUGGCUGCGAGAGCGAGCUCAAGGACAUCACCUUCAGCGAGCACAAGAUUAACGGGAAGAGCAAAGGCCAAGCCUACAUCGAAUUCACCUCCCAGCAAGCUGCCACCGCAACCAAACAUCGCAUCGACGCCCUGAACAACGAGUACAACCAGCCCGGCCAGAAGCGGCACACGGUCAUCUACUCGUCCCCGACACACAAUCCCUUCCGCACGUUACCCAAGGACGCCCCGAACCGGGCCGCUAAGGACGCGCAGGGUCGGGCACCUCCCGGACCCGUGUACAAUGACCGCGGCGGCAAUUUCAGCGGCAACAGCAACUUUGGCGGUUUCCGCGGCGGCCGAGGGGGCUUCAACGGGGCCCGUGGCGGCGGCGGCGGCAUGAACCAAGGCGGCUUCAACCGCGGUUUUACGGGCGGCAAUAUGAACGCGUUCAAUGCCAACGCCAUGGGCUUCAACGGCCCUAUCGGCGGCGGCGCCGGCUUUGGCGGGGGCUUCAACCGCGGCGGCAUGAUGGGCGGCGGCAUGCGAGGCGGCAUGCGCGGCGGACGGGGCGGUGGCGGCAUGAACAUGAUGGGAGGCAUGCCCAUGGGCGGCGGUAUGCCCAUGGGUGGCAUGGCUGGCCCCAUGGCCAGCAUGGGCAUGAUGGGUGGCGGUAUGGGCGGCGCCAUGGGUGCCGGUAUGCCAGGCUUCCAAGGCAUGCAGCCCGGCUUCAACCCGGCCUUCUUUGGCGGCGGCAACCAGUCCAACGAGUGGCAGAACCCUCACGGUGCCAAACGAGCUCGCGGCGAGUAGGACAAGCCCCGGGUCGCUCGGUAUCAGUAGUAGGUAUCGCUACUUCAGCCUAUUUGAUUUUCCCCAUUCCGAGUUUUUCCCUCCUCUCGCUUGGUUUGCCUCGCGAAAGCUUUACCGGGCCAGAGGCGAGGAGGAUCUUGACCGUCUAACAAUACAAUUGUUUGGGCUUGCCAACCUAUCUCUCCUUCGGGUGGCUUGGAGGAAACACGGGUUUGCGACUUACACUUUUGGCGUUUGGGAUCUACACGGGACAGGGUUUCACUAUUCCAUUCAACUUCCAGUCAUGCUUCAUGCUGUUCUCUGCUCAUAUUCAGUUACUUCGGAAUCAAGCAUUAUGGGCCUCGUGCACUUGUA